UAUGCUUAGCAAGGAUUCAUAAAAUAAAGUAAAUAAAAUGAUAUAAAGGUUAUGUUGUGCAGUCAGCUGUUAUAAAUUGAGGUAUUUUAUAACGGCUUAGAUCUCCGCUCAGCCAAUCAGAAUCAAGGACCAGAACUGACUGUUUUAUAAUAAGAGAUAAAUAUUAAACUGUUUGAAUAUAUUGUGAUGUAUUAAUAUGAAUGAUGUCAUCUGCUGUUUCAGGUGUGAGUGAAGCAGAAGUGACUCAUGUGUUCAUCAGUUCUGGUGAAAGUGUGUCUCUGUCCUGUAAUGAUGCUCUUCAUCAAUGCUCCUCAACUACAUGGAUCUAUAAUAAUUAUACAACAUCAUCUGAAGAAGUGUUUACUGGAGGAAUAAAUAAGAAUAACACAGAGAGAUCUGAGAGACUGAGUCUGACAUCUGACUGCUCUCUCAACAUCUAUAAAACAACACAACAUGAUCAUGGACGUUACACCUGCAGACAAUAUGUGAAUGGACGUCUACAUGGACCUGAUUCACGUGUUUAUCUACAUGUUCUUCAUGUGUCUUCAUCAUCAUCUUCAUCACAGACUGAGAUAAGAGCAAACACAUCUGUCACUCUCUCCUGUCGGCUGUUUACAUAUGACUGUGAUCAUGAGUUCAGUGAUGAUGGAUUUCAGCUGGUGUGGAUGAAUCAGACUGAUGUUGAUCUACAGACAGACUCCAGAUAUCAGAUUAGAUCAGAUAAACUCUGUCUCAUCUCUCUGACUACAACACUCGUGAAUGAAGACGACAACACAGAGUUGAGAUGUGUGCUCAAACACAAGAAUGACAUCAAGACCUCAGUCACAUAUACUGUCAGA